CCCCGCAUUCCUCCCGCUGGCCCAACACAAGGAGAAACACCUGGGGCGAGAUCUGUGCUAAACACUCACACACAAAAAAAAACACACACACAAACCUGGAUAACAUGUGGAGCUGAUUCGGAUUAUAGAGCCGCACAGACGGAAAAGGUCUGUGGAUCGCCAGGCAUUCUACCAUGCCUGUCCCCCCACCCCUCAAUCCCCGCAGAAAAAAGCACCUGCCCGACACACACCGCCACCCCGAACAAAGGGCAGAAGGUUCCACCUUCCCUUCCCUCUUCCCUCCAUCCAUCCUCUCUCUUUCUCUUCUCCCCCCUCUCUUCGUCUCAUCUUUGACCUCCUCAUCCCAUCUCGUCCACUGCGCAUGCCCCAGGGCCACGAAGAAAACCCGUCUCGACUCUGCCCCUUUCCCGGCGUUUCACUGGCUGGCUCUGGUCACAUGCUGCCUGCUGCCUUCUCUGAUUGGAGCAGGGGAGACGUGGGGCGUGGUCUCGGCCUGUCCCUUCCACUGCGUGUGUCGAAACCUUUCGGAGUCGCUCAGCACGCUCUGCGCCGACAAGGGCCUCCUGUUUGUCCCCCCGCACGUUGACCGCCGCACCGUGGAGCUGCGACUGGCUGACAACUUCAUCACGGAAGUGGGCGGGAUUGACUUUGUCAACAUGACCGGAUUGGUUGAUUUGACUCUGUCGAGGAAUACCAUCCACCUGAUCCGACCAAUGACAUUUGGUGACCUGGAGAGUUUGCGCUCGCUGCAUCUGGAUGGUGAGCCAAAAGAACUGGUUUCAGGUUUGGUCAAUCUGCAACACCUGAUCGUCAACAACAACCAGCUGGCUCAAAUCUGGGAACCUGGGGCAGGGGAAGCUUGUUUGCUCACACUGGAAGACCUCGACAUGUCCUACAAUAACCUCAGGAGGGUGCCAUGGGAGUCCAUUCAGAAGAUGGCCAGUCUGCACACUCUCAACCUGGACCAUAACCUGAUAGACCACAUAGCGGAAGGUGUCUUUGGAGAGCUGUACAAGCUUGCAAGGCUGGAUAUGACGUCCAACAGGCUCCGGACCAUGCCUCCUGAUGCCCUAUUUGCAAGGUCACAGACAGGUGCAAUAAGCCCCACCCCCUACAAUGCUGUCAUAAGCUUAAAUUUCGGUGGGAAUCCUCUGCACUGCAAUUGUGAACUGCUUUGGUUACGCCGGCUUAUCCGUGGGGACGACAUGGAGACGUGUGCCACACCUCCACACCUGGCUGGAAGAUAUUUCUGGUCGAUUCCUGAGGAGGAGUUCACGUGUGAACCACCUCUCAUCACCCGUCACACUCACAAGCUGUGGGUGCUGGAGGGCCAGCGAGCCACGCUAAAAUGCCGUUCCAUUGGCGACCCAGAGCCAGUAGUCCACUGGGUUUCACCAGAUGACCGCAUCAUUGCCAAUUCAUCCCGGACCAGCUCCUUCAGCAAUGGGACCUUGGAUAUGUUGGUAACCGUUGUCCGGGAUGACGGGGCAUACACAUGCAUCGCAAUAAACGCAGCGGGCGAAGCAACUGCCACCGUGGACCUGAAAAUAAUCCCCCUGCCUCAGCGGGGCGGAGCAGGCGGAAACACAGGGAGUAACAACGUGAACACCAAAAACAACAGGAACGUGACAAAUGGGAUUUUACGGGCCGAUCCGGGCUCCUCGGAUAUCAGCACAGGGAAAAACGGAGGGAUUAACAACGGCGCAGGACGUGGAGGGGAGGUGGAGGAUGGGAGGAGAGGUGGCGAGGACCAUGAGGACGACAGUAGCAGGGCCUCGGAAGGGGAAAGGGCCGACGGAGGGAGCAUGGAGGACGACGUGGGGGACGAGGAGGAAGAAAGGAUGGUUGGAGUACAAGGGGUUACUUCAACCUCAGCUCAGGUCCGGUGGGAUAUGGGGCGCAUGUCUGCCGCUUACGUUGUCUGGAUGUAUCAGAUACAGUACAACUGCACCGCCGACGAGACCCUCAUCUACAGAAUUCUACCGCCGACCAGUGACCGUUUCCUGUUGAAGAACUUGGUUUCCGGUGUGGACUAUAACCUGUGUGUGCUGGCCAUUUUCGAUGACACUAUCACAACAUUAGCAGCGACAAAAGUGCUGGGCUGCGCCACGUUCUCCACCAAGGAUGUUUACCCAGCAUGCCGCUCUCUCCAAGCCCAUUUCCUGGGUGGUACACUGACCAUAUUGGUUGGCGGUGUUGUUGUCGUCACCCUGCUCGUGUUCACGGUGGCGCUCAUGGUUCGCCACCGCGUUUGCAAUCAUGGCGACCACAUGAUAUGUCACAACGGCAACACUGAAGCAGGAGGCGGGGCCUGCUGUCAGGGUGGAUGUGGAGGGGGCGGGGACAAAGGGGGAAACAGUGGCGGGUGCUACCAAUCAAAUGGUUCCGGGGACAUGAUGAUGGUGGUCCUGCCCAAUGGUCUGCCGUCAAAACGAGGAGGGGAGACGGACAAGGAGAAGGAGAAUGAGAAGGAAGACUCCGCUUCCUCUCUGCCUCCAAAACUCCCUCCAAAGCCCAGGCCAAAACCUAAAGUCAACCUGGAGCAUUUUCUUUCAGCUGGGGGCGUAGUUUCCAUGACGACAGGGGCAGUAGGUGAGAUGGCAUUGGUGGUGAGGCAAAGGAAGCUGGACAAGGCGCCGCCAUACACCCCUGAAAGUGACAGAACUCCCCUCUACUACUCCCCUUCCCCUUCAUCCACCCUGCCCCGUCAGUCACAUUCCAGGGACCGCCCGAAACCCCGUCUGGAGCGAGAACUUACCAAUCGUGCCAGUUUCUCUCUGGCUGCCCCCCUGAGAGACUCAGAGCUGUUGGACUGGAGAAUCAGUCCCAGAAGCAGGGACAAAUGGAACUCCUCACAGGCUUAUCAGAGCCCUCUGUCGCCUCUAAGCCCCGUCUGCGGGACCGUUAGCAAACGACGGCACUCUCUGGAUAUGGGUUCCUCUGUUGCCCUGGCGACCGAUGCUGCCACAACGGUUGCCAAGCGCUAUGGUGCUGUCAAUUACGCCAAGCGGCUGAGUGUGAUCUGGACGAGGCGGAGCCAGUCUCUCCACGGAAUGCUAGUGCAGUGCGCCUCGACGACGAGCACAACGUCUUCGACGACCAGCGAUGAGGAGAGUGGCGGGGGCUUUGGGGCACGCUGCCAGUUUCAACAGGGAUACAUCCACGCUUACAACACCACCAACUCCAACUCUAACACUGGGAUCAGUACUGGGAAAGCGAGCAGUGUAAAAGACAGGGGGAGGCAAACGGGGAAGGAUGGAAAGAGUGCUGAAGAACUGGAGGAAAGUGUAGUGUAGGGGGUUGUGGAAUGUAAAAAAAAACAAGUUAAGAGGGAUAAAGGGUCUGUGAGGCAGUUUCCAUGGGAUCUUAAGUUUAGCAGGACAAAGAGGUGGAAGAGGGAGCAGGACAGGGGAGUUGAAGUGGUUGCAGAUGAGGAGGGGAAGGUUGGACGAAGUAGUUUAGACGAAGGGAGAAGAGUAAAAUUGACUCGAGUCUCACUUGUGCAGCUCCUUGAUUUUCCCUGGGAGAAGUCAAAAAAAAAAAGAAAGGGGGGGAAG